AUGAAAAGAAGCGAAGAGUCAACAGCCAGACAAACCAGUGAAGAACAAAUAGGUACUCUUCAUUGUUGGAAAUGUAGGAAAUGUAUUGCAAGUUCCAGCUGCUUCAUGAAUUACCUUGAGAAUCAAGUGAUUGAGCAGGACAGACAUGAAUCAGUUGAUGCUCAAACCACUUGUCGUCUAUGGCACAUGAAUAUAGAAGCCCUUCCAGAGUGGAUAAGCUGCCUAAUCCAAAAAGCCCAGUGGACAGUUGGGAAACUGAAUUGUCCUUUCUGUGGGGCCCGAUUAGGGGGCUUUAAUUUUGUCAGCACUCCAAAAUGUUCCUGUGGCCAGCUUGCAGCUGUACAUCUCUGCAAGAGCCGGACUGAUCACCAACCAGCGCAGACAAGCAACCUAAUGAGGCCAGUGCUGAAAUACUUGUCACAUCCUGGAGUCCAGUCAGGUUGUGAUAAGGAGGCUCUGGUGACAGGUGGUGGCUCCAAAAUCAGAAACCACAGGCUUUUGAACAUGGCCCGAAACAAUAACGGCCUUGGAAGACUAACAGAAGCACUUUGCCUGGAGGUGCGAGCCACGUAUUUUGAUAUGAAGAAUGAGAAACUGCUCUUCAAAGCAUGGGAUCCAAAAUACCAGCCUUUUGUUCCUGAGCUUGCGACCAGCAGGUGCACUUCCAAAGCUUCGCAUAGAAAGUCACACAGUUUGGACCUGAACAUCAAUGAGACACUGCCUUUAUUACCCACUUUCUAUGAAAUACAUAGUAAGACUGCCGCUUAUCCCCAGCUAAAUGAAACCCAGCCCAUUGACCUCUCCGGCUUGGCUUCGCCGUGUGGGAAAAGUGGCUGCUCCCUUCAAAACCCACCCAGUUUUGAUCCGAAUAUGCUGCUGCAUAGACUUUCAGUGUCUGCCCAUGAGACCCAGGCACAAAGAGGAAGAGAAUUUCAGUGUGGCCUAGAAGCUUCUUCCCUAUACUCAGAUCACGCUAAUGCUAACAGCCUGACAUUCCUGAUGGAUCUGCCCUCAGUGGGGAGGGGCGUUCUGGACGCCUCCGACCAAGAAGAACACCUCUCCCCUCUGGACUUUCUGCGUUCUGCCAGUUUUCCCUUGGGCACUAUUAACCACAGGCUGAAUAGCAGAGAAAGGAGCAAGUUGAGGACUCUAAGAAGGCAACGGAGGAGGCAUGAAAGAUGGCUACAGAAGCAGGGUAAAUACUCAGGAGUGGGGUUGCUGGAUCAUAUGAGUUUGAGUAAUGAGAUGAGUACAGAUGAUGAGAAUGAAUACACAGAAGAAAAGGACAGCUACAUCUGUGCAGUGUGCCUGGAUGUGUACUUCAACCCUUACAUGUGUUACCCUUGCCACCACAUCUUCUGUGAGCCCUGCCUACGGACUCUGGCCAAAGACAACCCUGCAAGCACUCCCUGCCCACUCUGCCGGACCAUCAUUUCUAGAGUCUUUUUCCAGACAGAACUGAACAAUGCCACAAAGACCUUCUUUACCAAGGAAUAUUUGAAAAUAAAACAAAGCUUUCAGAAAUCCAGCUCUGCCAAGUGGCCCUUGCCAAGCUGCAAAAAAGGAUUCCAUCUUUUUGGAGGAUUCCACAGGCAUGCAGCUCCAGUGACACGGAGGCAGUUCCCCCAUGGUGCACACAGGAUGGACUACCUGCACUUCGAGGAUGACAGCCGCGGAUGGUGGUUUGACAUGGAUAUGGUGAUCAUCUAUAUUUAUUCAGUGAACUGGGUCAUUGGAUUCAUUGUUUUCUGCUUUCUUUGCUAUUUUUUCUUUCCGUUUUAG